UAAGCAUAUGCGUUCAGUUGAGUUUACGUAGAUCUCGAGACGAGGUGUUUUAAGGCAAAUUGCUUAUAAUUUCAUUAACACUUUGACUAAAUAUAUUUACAUUAAUCUGUAUAAUUGGAUAUAUUUACACUUCAACCAAAUGCCAAAUAAACGAGACAAUAACGACGAUAGUCAGCUGGUUUUGGUGCAACAAAACUUGCGAUCUUUGCCUGAAGAUAUUAUUAAGAAAUAUGCCGAUUAUGUUGAGCUAUUGGAUUUGAGUUGCAAUUGCUUAAAAGAUAUAUCCUGGCUAGCCGAAUUCGAGCAAUUGCAGCAUUUGGUAUUGGAUAACAAUCGCAUGGAUGAGGCGCAGCUGAGAACUCUAAAACAGCCACUGCCCCAGCUGGAGGUGCUGAUGUUGAACAAAAAUGAGUUCAGUGAUCUGCCCACAACAAUUCAGCUUAUACGACGUCUCUUUCCAAAUCUACAGUAUUUGAGUCUACAUGGCAAUCCCAUUUGCCCCGAUGGCCUGGAAUUGCAGCCAUUUUCCAGCUAUUUGCAAUACGACUAUGCAUACUACAGCAAUUAUAUAGCACACUCUUUAAAUAAGCUGAAAUUUUUGGAUCAUGGUAUCGUACAACGCACUUAUCGCUAUGAAAGCUUUCCCAUCAAGCAAUAUAUUCCAGCUGGCAGACAAACCAUGAAAACAUCGAGUUUUUGAAAGAAACUUCGAUAAGAAUGUCAUUUUGAUUCGAUUUGAGUGAUGCAAAUAUGUAAUUUCACAUGAACUAUGAAGUUGCUUUAUACAAAUUGCUUUAAAACGAUGAAUUGUAGACGACUUUUUAACAAUUCUGAUAUAAGGAUGCCUAUUUUAUGAUAUGUACUUAUAAAAAAGACUUUAAAAUCU